GUACGUUAACCAGAACUGUCAUACCAGUUGUCAUAUGGACGCUUCUGCCUACAUGCUCCGGAACAAAUAUUUACCGACAAGCGGGAACUCCCGCAAGGCUAACGUAGGCUUAUCCCGUGUAACUACCGUUGCCAAGCAUGAGAAAACAGCGGAACCGCUGCUGGUUACCGGCAGUCCAGCACAGGGCCCUUACCAAUCGUCAUAUCCGGGAAGCUUCCGUAAGGACUGCUUACUCUCUAACACGCGAUUCCUGUCACUUGCUACAGCCUUUUAGGGGUCAGGCAACUGGGUGGGGUGCACGCUAGGAAGGAUACUAGUAUGGCAAGCAAGGAGAGGCAGGAGGAGGAUAAAGGGAAGGCCCCGCCCCACCCCUUCUAUGUCCCGGCCCAGCCCUAUCGUUUCUGUGCAUAACGGCAUGCAGGCGGCAGCGUAACCCAGGAGAGGGGUUUUGACGACGACGAACCUACAUUCCAUUCCUCGGCAAGCCCUUUGUUGGGCGCUAUCACCGUAGAUGAAAUGCUCAAAAAAACGUAGGCGCCUAAAGGUCUUUGCGACUAGUAGUCACUAUUCCGCAGGAAUCUCUUGCCGAAGUGUUGGGGCACGGAGGCGCGUCGCGCGCAUGGCGCCCGUCCAAGCCACGACCGAUGCAGAGGCGUCAAAGCCCAAGCCGAAGGCACCGCAGCAAAUGCUGGUGUACGCCCCGCCCCACCCGCUCAUCAAGCACUGGCUAGCCAUCAUGCGCGCCGACUUCACCCCGCCGCCCAUGUUCCGUAAUGCCUGCGCCGAGCUGGGCCGGCUGCUGCUGUACGAGGCGGGGCGCGACUGGCUGCCCACCACCCAGCAGCAGGUGGUCACCCCGCUGGGGCACACCGCGGAGGCUGAGCUGUGCGACCCCACCCGACCCAUCAAGGUCAUCCCCAUCCUGCGCGCCGGGUUGGUGCUGCUGGAGUGCAGCGCGCAGGUGCUGCCUUUCCAGCAGACCUACCACGUGGGAUACGUCAGGGACCCGGACUCGCUGCAGGCCCGCCCCUACCUCAACAAGCUGCCCGCCGCCCUCUCCCCGGACGACCUCUUCCUGGUUGCGGACCCCAUGCUGGCGACCGGGGGGACUGUGGUGCAGGUGAUUGAGGACAUCGUGUCCCGAGGCGGCCGCCCCGAGAACAUCCGAGUGGUGGCGGUGGUGGUGGCGCCGCCCGCACUCAAGAAGCUGGCGGACAAGUUCCCGGGACUCAAGGUGUUCACCGCCAUGAUUGACGAGCAAGUGGACGAGCGCGGCUACAUCGUACCCGGGCUGGGGGACGCGGGGGACAGGGCGUACGGCACAACGCACUGAUGCAGUACACCCCCCCCACACACACACUUCGCGGCCAGUUUUCUUAACACACUCUUACGUACGUUGCGACUCGUGGCCAGUUUUCUUAACACAUUGCCGGCACUUCAUGUUCCGGCAAUCGUAGUUCGCUCCGACUCGCAGACAGUUUGUUAACACAUCACACAGAGCAGGGAGGAGGGCGGGCAGGAGCGGGAGGGAAGGCGAGUUGUUCACCAUGUAAGCUAACUGCAGAGGUGUCAGGGACUCGGAGGGACUCGGAGGGACUCGGAGGGAGGGAGACGCAGGCGUUGUGGGAACUGGGCGAACCAAACCGCGCGGAGGUGCGCGCAGAUGUCUGCCAGGGUGAGACAGGCAAGGUGAGGAGUGAGGAGUGCAUCAGGAAGCCCCAUGGGUCAGAGGAGAGGGAGGCGCUAGGCGAAGCGAUGCGAGGCACGACUUGUGUGUCCGCUCAUGCCUGUAGGUGAGCACAACGGAUAGCGUGGAGGAGGUAAGGAGGCUCUACUUAGGAGUGUUGUUUGGGCUGUCAGCGGAGGUGGGGGGAUGGCAGCGGCAGCGGCAGUGCACAGGCUGGGAAAGCUGCUGCUGCCACUCUUUGCUGCGUGCAUGAGCCAUCCCU